ACUUAGUUGGUCUUUAAGGUGCUACUGAAGGAAUUUUUUUCUAUUUUGCUUCGACUCAGACCAACACGGCUACCUAACUGUAACUGGAUAUAAACCUGUUCACCAUAAAGUUAAUCACUAAACAGAAUCAAUGCCCCUACUAGAUACGUUGAAUUAAAUAGUGCCUUUCUAUAUAAAUGAAGAACCAAUUGGAUCAUUUCUCAAAUUGAAACAUUGGCAUUUCAUUUUCAUCUGAUGAAAAUAAAUUGCUCUAGCAUGCUCAGUAAAUCUCAAACCUUACUUUUGCCUCUGCCAUGGGAUUUCGUUUUUGGUUGCUGCUUUGUUUUUGUGAGGGUUGGGCUGGGCCCCCCCCAAACGCAACCCGAAACACUCAUUUCCAGGUUUGAAGUGGUCGUAAUCCAAAAUGUUCGUUAACUAGGCUGUUCGUAACCUGAGGUGCCACUGUAUAACAAACAUUUCUUUGGUAGAAAGAUGUAGCCCAAAGCCAGUGUUGGCUCUUUGGGGCCUAUAUACGGUUGUCAAAAUAUACAUAGAUUGUAUUAUUUACUUACCCAACCUCUAUAUUAUUUUUAUGCUUGCAUUUGUGCAGCAAGCCUUAAUUUAUCAACUGUGAUAGUGUGUCUGUCUGUCUAUAGCUGUGUCUCUUCAGAGGUACCUAAUCAUUUACUAAAUUCAUGCUCUGACUAUUGUAUUAAACUUUUUUACUUUCAAUGCAGGGUACAGUAGGCUUUGUGUACUUAUAUAUCUGUUACCAAUGAACCUUUAUUUCAUUCGAUGAAUAGUGAUGAUUGUGUAGAGUGGAGGCUUUGAGUAGUUACAGAUGUUGCAAAACAGUAAAGUUUUCAGGAAAUUCAUAGACUGUUCUUUAUGAAACUUUAAAUAAUCAUCCUGGGAUAUGAAGGGAAAUUAUAGUAACUUUGCUUUCAGAUAUUAUGCUUAUAUUGGCAGGAUUACCUCUCAAAUUGGAGAAUUCAACUUAACUGGCAUUCAUUUACUGUUGCCAUAGAUAGUAGAAAGGAAUUUGGUAUGGUGAGAUAUGUAUAAUACAGUUGUGCAUAGAAAGGCGCAGUUAGUAAAGCCAAGUCUCUUAUUUUAUGUAAAGUUUUAGUAAAGUAGCAGUUGGAUUGUUUUAUUUUACUUUAUUCACUUGGUCAUAACAGUGGCUUGUUUUGGCUUUAUCUAUUUUUGUAACUCAACAGUUAAUUAAAUCUUGCCACACUGAUUUGUAUAAAAUUGUGCAGUUGUGGGCAGAACCUGACAUUCAAAGAUGUGUCUCCUAAUAUUCUCUCUGCUGGUAAUGAAGAGAGAGAGAGAGAGAGAGAAACACUGAUGUGAUAUCAUUGUGUUGAGAAUCCCACCUUCCAAUGAAUUAAUUGGAUGUGGCUUGCAGAACUGAUGACAUUAUGUGCUUUGUUUCAUUUCCUUUCUAGAAGUGACGUGGGUGGUGCUGUGGUUUAAGCCACUGAGCCUAGGGCUUGUCAAUCGAAAGGUCGGUGGUUUGAAUCCCUGUGACGGGGUGAGCUCCCAUUGCUUGGUCCCAGCUCCUGCCAACCUAGCAGUUUGAAAGUACGUCAUAGUUUGCUGAUAUGUGUUUAAGAUGAGUGGGAUUGGUGAAAAUUCCUCUGACCCAGCCCGGGCAGAGUCAAGAAAACGCAAGGAAUGUCCUGAUCAACUUGGACCCAGUCCUAAAAGAAGCACUGAGAAACGUAAUCGUGAACAAGAGAAUAAAUACAUAGAAGAGCUUGCAGAGCUGAUCUUUGCUAAUUUUAAUGAUAUUGACAAUUUUAACUUCAAACCUGACAAAUGUGCAAUCUUGAAAGAAACUGUGAAGCAGAUUCGUCAAAUAAAAGAACAAGAAAAAGCAGCGGCAGCCAAUGAAGAUGAAGUGCAGAAAGCUGAUGUAUCAUCAACAGGUCAGAGCGUCAUUGACAAGGAUGCACUUGGACCAAUGAUGCUUGAGGCCCUCGAUGGGUUCUUCUUCGUAGUGAACCUGGAAGGUAAUGUGGUGUUUGUAUCGGAGAAUGUGACACAGUACCUAAGGUACAAUCAAGAAGAGCUGAUGAACACAAGUGUGUACAGCAUCCUGCAUGUAGGAGAUCACAAUGAAUUUGUCAGAAACCUGCUGCCAAAAUCUUUAGUGAAUGGGGGACCUUGGUCUGGUGAAGCUCCUAGACGCAACAGCCAUACCUUUAACUGCCGGAUGUUGGUAAAACCUUUAACUGAUUCUGAAGAAGAAGGCCAUGAUAACCAGGAAGCACAUCAGAAAUAUGAAACUAUGCAGUGCUUUGCUGUUUCUCAACCAAAGUCCAUCAAAGAAGAAGGUGAAGAUCUUCAGUCUUGCUUGAUUUGUGUGGCAAGAAGAGUUCCAAUGAAGGAAAGGCCACUUCUGCCCUCAUCAGAGACAUUUAGCACUCGUCAAGAUCUGCAAGGCAAGAUAACUUCACUUGACACUAGUACCAUGCGAGCAGCUAUGAAACCUGGCUGGGAAGAUGUGGUGAGAAGGUGCAUCCAGAGAUUCUAUGCACAGCAUGAGGGAGAUAUGUCUUUUGCCAAGAGGCAUCAUCAGGAGGUGCUGAGGCAGGGACUAGCUUUCAGUCCUGUUUAUCGAUUUUCCUUGUCUGACGGCAACAUAGUUGCUGCCCAAACGAAGAGCAAGCUCAUCCGUUCUCAGACUACUGGUGAACCUCAGCUUGUAAUAUCCUUGCAUAUGCUUCACAGGGAACAGAAUGUUUGUGGAAUGAACCAGGAUUUAACUGGACAAGCAAUGGGAAAGCCAUUGAACCCAAUUAGCUCCAGCAGUCCUGCCCAUCAGGCCAUGUGCAGUGGGAAUCCAGGUCAGGAUAUGACCAUCAGUAGCAAUAUGAAUUUUGCCAUAAAUGGCCCGAAGGAACAAAUGGGCAUGCCAGCAAGUAGGUUUGGUGGUUCAGGCGGGAUGAACCAUGUGUCAAGUAUACAAGCAUCCACUCCUCAGGGUAGUAACUAUGCACUAAAAAUGAAUAGUCCCUCUCAAAACAGCCCUGGCAUGACACCAGGUCAGCCAAACUCUAUGCUAUCCCCACGGCACCGUAUGAGUCCGGGAGUGGCAGGCAGUCCUCGGAUCCCACCCAGUCAGUUUUCCCCUGCAGGAAGCUUGCAUUCACCUGUUGGGGUUUGCAGCAGCACAGGAAAUAGCCAUAGUUAUACCAACAGUUCCCUCAAUGCACUUCAGGCUCUCAGCGAGGGGCAUGGAGUCUCUCUGGGGUCAUCCUUGGCAUCACCUGACGUAAAAAUGGGUAAUUUGCAAAAUUCCCCUGUAAGUAUGAAUCCUCCUCAGCUAAGCAAAAUGGGAAGCCUGGACUCUAAAGAUGGCUUUGGACUUCAUGGGGAGCAAUCGGAAGGUACAGCUGGACAAGCCGAGAGUGUUUGCCAUUCAGGAGAACUGAAAGAAAGUAAUGAUGGCCUGCCCCAGGUUGUUGGUGAGAGGCCUGAUGGACAGAACAGACUUCAUGAUGGCAAAAGCCAGACAAAGCUUUUACAGCUGCUGACCACCAAAUCUGAUCAGAUGGAGCCUUCACCUUUGUCUAACGCUAUGGGAGAUGCUAACAAGGACUCCGCGGGAGGUUUAUCUGGUUCUGGUUCAACACAUGGAACCUCGCUCAAGGAGAAGCAUAAAAUUUUGCACAGGCUCUUGCAGGACAGUAGUUCUCCUGUAGACUUAGCCAAGCUCACAGCAGAGGCCACAGGGAAAGAACCGAGCCAGGAGACCAGUAGCACAGCUCCUGGUUCAGAGGUGACUAUAAAACAGGAACCGGUGAGUCCCAAGAAGAAAGAAAAUGCACUACUUCGCUACUUGCUAGAUAAAGAUGAUACUAAAGAUAUUGGUUUACCAGACAUUACCCCCAAGCUGGAACGGUCGGACAGUAAGACAGACCCUUCCAGUAGCACAAAGCCAGUAACUAUAAAGACAGAAAAAGAAGAGAUGCGCUUUGAGCCGAAUGAACAGCCUGCCAGUGAGCUAGAUAAUUUGGAGGAGAUUCUAGAUGAUCUGCAGAAUAGCCAGUUGUCACAGCUUUUCCCAGAUACCCGACCAGGUACUUCAGCAGGAUCAGUUGACAAACAAGCCAUCAUUAAUGACCUCAUGCAGAUCACAGGUGAAAACAGCCCCGGCACACCUGUUGGAGCCCAGAAAACCCAAAUGCGGAUCUCUCAAAGCACUUUUACCAAUGCAAGGCAAGCUCAGUUGGGAAGGAUGUUACCAAACCAGAAUUUACAACUUGACAUCGCAUUGCAAAACCAACCAGGUGCUGGAGGUUUCCCACCCAUAAGAAACAACAGUCCAUAUUCAGUCAUACCUCAGCCCGGAAUGAUGGGCAGUCAAGGAAUGAUGGGAAAUCAAGGAAAUCUUGGGAAUAGUAGCCCAGUAGGGAUGAUGGGUAGUAAUGCUCCUCGGCCUACCAUGCCAUCAGGAGAUUGGGGAACCCAAGGUGCUGCUGUGAGGGUGACCUGUGCUCCAACAACGAGUGCCAUGAACAGGCCAAUCCAAGGAGGCAUGAUACGCAACCCAACAUCCAGCCUACCUAUGAGACCUAAUAGUCAACCUGGUCCAAGGCAGAUGCUUCAAUCUCAAGUCAUGAAUAUGGGGGCUUCUGAACUAGAGAUGAAUAUGGGAGGACCCCAGUAUACCCAGCAGCAGGCUCCUCCAAAUCAGACUGCCCCAUGGCCAGACAGUAUCUUGCCCAUAGAUCAGACAUCUUUUGGCAAUCAAAACCGGCAACCAUUUGGGAGUGCUCCGGAUGACUUGCUGUGUCAACACCCUGCAUCAGAGUCUCCAAACGAUGAAGGGACCCUCCUUGACCAGCUUUACUUGGCACUAAGAAAUUUUGACGGUCUGGAAGAAAUUGAUAGAGCUCUUGGGAUUCCAGAACUAGUCAGCCAGCAGAGCCAAGCUGUAGAACCAGAGCCAUUCUCAAGUCAGGAAUCAAACAUCAUCCUUGAACAAAAGGCACCCAUUUUCACACAGCAGUAUGCAUCUCAGGCUCAAAUGGCCCAAGGCAACUACACACCAAUGCAGGACCCAAACUUUCACCCAAUGGCGCAGAGACCAGGCUAUGCAUCACUGCGAAUGCAGCCUAGGGCUGCUCUGAGGCCUGCUGGCAUAGUGCAAAACCAGCCAAAUCAGCUAAGGCUACAGCUGCAGCAUAGACUUCAAGCACAGCAGAAUCGCCAGCCACUCAUGAAUCAGAUCAGCAAUGUUUCCAAUAUGAAUCUGUCUCUGAGACCUGGAGUACCUACACAGGUGAGGGAACAGGGACCCAUCAAUUCCCAGAUGCUAGCCCAGAGGCAGAGGGAGAUACUGAGCCAGCAUCUGAGGCAUAGGCAGAUGCAGCAGCAAGUGCAGCAGCGAACGCUGAUGAUGCGAGGACAGAGUAUGAAUAUGACGCCAAGUAUGGUGGCCUCCGGUGGCAUACCAGCAACAAUGAGCAACCCGCGGAUUCCCCAGGCAAAUGCCCAGCAAUUUCCAUUUCCUCCAAACUAUGGAAUAAAUCAGCAGGCCGAUCCAGGCUUCACUGGAGCUACCACUCCCCAAAGUCCGCUGAUGUCCCCAAGAAUGGCUCAUACCCAGAGUCCCAUGAUACAGCAGUCUCAGGCCAAUCCUGCCUACCAAUCCUCUACGGAGAUGAAUGGAUGGGCACAAGGGAAUAUGGGUGGAAACAGCAUGUUUUCACAACAAUCUCCACCACACUUCGGGCAGCAAGCAAACACCAGCAUGUACAAUAACAACAUGAACAUCAAUGUAUCCAUGGUGACCAACACAAGCGGUAUGAACAACAUGAACCAGAUGACAGGACAGAUCAGCAUGACCUCAGCAACCUCUGUGCCUACAUCAGGGUUGUCCUCCAUGGGUCCUGAGCAGGUUAAUGAUCCUGCUAUGAGAGGAGGCAAUCUUUUUCCAAACCAGCUACCUGGAAUGGAUAUGAUAAAGCAGGAGGGAGAUGCAUCACGGAAAUAUUGCUGACCCUGAAGAUUGCUCAUUUCUUCAACUGACUGGGUUCCCCAGCCCAGACUUCUUACCAGUUUGAAGAGCUGCAUAUGUUUGGUUUUGCCCCAACUGUUCUGCCAGUCGGUUCUGCUGGAGAAAGUAGAGUUUAGCGCUGCAAACGGAACAACGCCACUCUGAGUGGAAUCAAAACCAUUGUUGGUGGAGGAGCAGCCUCUUCUUUGACAGUCUGAAGCUAGCGUACAGACAGUUGCUCAGUCUGUUCACUGCAUUCACCUUAGUGCAACUUAGAUCUCUCCUGCAAAGUAAAUGUUGAUAGCCAGUUUUCAUAAACCGUGUCAGAUUGAAUGUAUUUAAAUGUAUGUAUUUAAGGAAAACCAACCACGCUCUCAUUCUGUUCUGUUUUUAGUUUUAGAUCUUUAUCUCUUUCUGUUUUCCUUCGCUACACAGUCUGGUGCAAAGGAUUCAGUUCCAUCUGGAAAUAAGUGGGUUAAUAUUAAAACCUCCACUUUAGGAGGUGGGGCGUUAGCUGGAUUACAACUCCCAUAGUGCUAAAUGACAAAAUGUGGAGAACAGACACUUAACUAACUGUUUUGGGUAAAAGGUAAUCUAGUUGACUAGACAUCCCAUGCUAGAAAACAAAACCAGUCCUUUUUUAAUAGGUUUACAUUCGUAAACAGGUUAAAAUAUCCUGUGAGAGGGCUGUUUUUAAAGCUUUUUUGGUUACUUUGAAACAAAAUCAUGAGUCAAACCAUUCAAAUCAAGUUCCCAUUCAAUUGAUUUCAGCAUCCUAAAAAAUUAACUAAAGUUAGCAUCCCUUUUCUCCUGCCUUCACUUGCCCUUUCUCUGUUUCUUUUCUUACAGGAUGGAGAAAUGAAUAACCCUCAUUGUAUCCCUAGGUUUGUUACCUGAGUUCUAGGUUGCAGGUAACUAGUUGCUGAAUAAUCAUUUUAAAUAAGGGUGCAUCUUUUGGCGAUGGAAGUGGCAGGAUUGAGGCAUAAAAAAAUCAGAACUUAAAGGCAUCUGAUGUAAAUGAUAAAACUUAAUUCCCCCCCCCCCAAUCUCCACAACUGGGGAAAAUAAUGACUUAAGCUAUGGCAGAUAUCACUACAGAGUUAACCAUCAUGUGUUCUAAUUAUUUUGAAGCAGCGGGGACUGAGGACAUUUUGUAAGGUACAUAAAAACCAGUUUCUAUGUAAACAAGCAAUAAUUUAAGUUGAAGACUUUAGUGUUUUAAUUGUAUAAUUUUGUGAGGUAUACAUGUUGUGGAGUUGAUUUCCAAAUGAGGUACUUCAGUAUUAAAUUAGAUAUCUUCAUAGCUAUGUGUGUCUCCUGAGGAAAAAAGUGUUUUGUAAAGGAUCACAAUGCCUUGAUUAGACCUAAUUUGUAGGCUUGAAACUUCAUUUUCUAAACCUUGCGAUUCUGCUCAUAAAGUCAUUUAUCUAACCUUAUAUUAUAUGCAGCCACUGUAGGAGCCAAUUCUUGACUUUUUUGUAUGUUUAUAUUCUUUCUUAAUGAAUCUUAGAGAAACUGUUGUUCAGCAGGCCACUGCUUGAGGUGGUUUUACUCUUACCUGCUAUGGGUUCUGGUAAUGUUUUAGUAUAAGCUGGCAUCAGUUUCUGUGGACUUAAAAUAUCAGGAAGCUGGUUGUUUUCGACCUCCUGUUUCUCUCUUCCCCACAAUCCACACACUUUCAUACCUGGACUCAAAAUUUUGGAUGUUACUUAAAAUGCAAUGCAUUUUAUAUUAUCUCAAUCAUCAUUCAUGUAUUUGGGAGGAGGUUUGUUAACCUUGAAAUCUUGUUUGCUUGUGAUGAGGGUUAAAAUAUACAAAGAAUCUGACUUUCAUAGAGUGCUAAGAAAAAAAAUAAGGAACAUAUAGAAUUCAUUUCAAACCAUUUGUUUCCUGUUGAGUGGCUCUCCUGUUACACUGGGAGAAACUGCACUACUGAGCAGUCACCCACCACUUUGUCAGUUAAACUCAAAAGUAGCUAUUCAGACAACUGAGCCAUCUGGUGGAAAUCUAUGAUAUGUCAGCCCUGAGCUCCAUAACAUUAAGAAAAGUUUUUUAAUAUUAAUAAUAAAAUUAUGUCUGGAUUAAUAUUUGAUCAUUUUUAACCUCUAGGUUUUGGAUUAAGUAUUUUACCUUUGAAAUAUUAUCUCUCAGAACAUUUUUCAGUUUAAAAAGUAGGCAAAUAAGUAAUUUUUAACUUGGGCCAGUUCAGAAUAUUGUUUUGUUUGCCCAUAUUUAGUUGAAUUUUAAAAAUAAGUGGUUAUAUCCAUCAGAAAUUUUAUUGGGGUCAGUGAAUUGAAAACAAUGAGUAGGCAUUUUCUGGUUAUUUUAAUCAUGCUAGAGACAAAGGUAACGAUGCCAAAUCAAUUUCUUUUUUAUAAUCAGUGUUUCUAAUUCCAUACACAGUAAAAUUGAUAGAGAUAGCAAUUGGAUUUUAUGCUGGAACAUAAUCAGUGUUCUCUUAUAAUAAGUGUGAAGGACUUAAGAUGUCUUAAUUUUUUUUAAAAAAAGUUACAUGUAUAUAACCACAUGGCAUAGGGGUUGGACUAGAUGACCCUUGUUGGUCCCCCCCCAAAUCUACAAUUAUAUGAAAAUCCAUAUAAAGUGAUAUCAUUUAAGUUGAUAUUUUUCAACAUCUAACAGUUAAUCAAAUAUUUUUUAAAAAUGGGGACCCCACCAGUCCAUUAGUCUAUAUUAACUGAAAGCAAUGCUUUUGUCAUUUAUAUAAAGCAUUUUUAAUCUAUGUGGGUUUUCUUUCUUUCUUUUUUUACAAAAAGGAGUUCAUAUGGGCUUAACACAUGAAAAAGGUGGUUCAGCUCUACUUGCAAAACCCAAAGAUACACAAUCAGUUUUGAAAUGCAACUUAAGCCAUUAAUUGUUGGUGUGAAUUUAAAGUUUUCUAGUAUUUGUAUGGUAGUAUUGCUACCUAAGAGCAAAAGCAUUCUCUGCACAAAAGAAAAUUACUGUAGUGGCUUUGGUUUUUAAUUAGAAUUUUCUCCCUGGUGUUUCUUUGUAGACUAAAACAAAAUCUUUUUAGUUCCUUUCUACAGGUAAAGCUAUGUGCAAGAACCUCAAAAUGCUAAAAUCUAGCAUAAUGCCUUAGAUCUGUUUUUAAGUCUUGUAUAUUCCUACAUAGCUGUCUGAUGUAUUAUAUUUGUAUAGUGAAUUGUGUACAAUUUUGAAAUAAGCGCAUCAUCACUUAGCUUUCAGUCGUUGAAUAGAGAUGAUGGACACAUUUCUUCAAGCAUUGAUUCUUUUUUUUUCCUUUUGUCAUUUGUGGGUUUUAUUUGUACAGUUCCUCAUGAAGUUGCAUCUGAGAUGUGUAUGAGUGUGUGUAUAUGAAAAGAUUAUACGAGGGUAAAACUAAGCAAUAUAUAAACUAUGGUUCUUCAGGAGAAAGCUUACAGUGUUUUCAGGUUGUGAUUUAUUUUCAAGACUGAGUUGACUCUGAACAUCACUUUGUUCACCUGCAUCGAUGUUUGUAUUUCUAGUGUGAGCAGUUUAUGCAAAGGUAGAUAUAUUCAGAGAAAUUUUAAAUACAUUUAUGCAAGUUAAUAUUGCUUUGCUGAUGCUAUUUGCUUAUUUGAUGUUAAAUAAUGCUAUUGUAAAUAAAGAAUUCUGUUAUUGCAUCAUUUAAUAAAUUUUAAUGCCUUCGGGUUUUACAUGGCUUUAGACAUAGCAACAUUUCUUCUGUUGUGCCUUUUGUGCGUACAAAAAGUUGUGCCAGCAGAGUCACAGCAUCCCACUUGGUAGAUGGCGCUGAGUUGAAUUAAGACAGCAGGGCUUCCUCAUUGGUCCUCUCCAUGUACUGUCUCUAGAGCUGGCAUGCUUAAGUCAUUCCAGUAAUGGACUCGUUAACGCCUGGGUUCAAGUGCAGUUAGCACAGCCUGCCAUACUAAAUGUAUAUACUAGGGCAGGCUUCCCCAAACUAAGGCCCGCAGGCCAGAUGCGGCCCACGAGGCUCUUUUAUGUGGCCCCCAGCACCCCCCGCCGCCACCUGCUCUUAACGGUGUGGCGCGGUGCGGCUGCCCACUUCCAGGUCACCGGAGCAUCAGAAAUAGCUUAUGCGCAUGCACAAGCGUCAUUUCCAGUGCACUUCCGGGCCGGAGGAGGCCCGUGCGCAUGCGCACAAGCUAUUUCCGGUGUUCCAGUGACCUGGAAGUGCACCGAAAAUUGUGUGUGUGCAUGUGUAGGGGCGCGUGCUCCGGCCCGCAGCACAAUUGGCGCUGGCGGCACCGGCCCUCGGCGAGGUAAGUUUGGGGACCCCUGUACUAGGGUGAUGACUUUUUUACAACCUCUCUUCCCUGUAUCAUAAUUUGAUGAGCUUUCUUUAAAGAUUAGAUAAAAUCUUACUUUCAAAGAGAUUUGAUUAAAAAACCCUCAGGCACAAAAUGAUUUUAAAAAUUUUAUUUAUCAGGUUUUUUACCAUUUUUGAAGUCACUGUAAGCAGAUAUAAAAUUGAACCCAAGCUUUAGAGUCACAUAUAUACAACAUUAUAUAGGAUCAUCAAAAACACAAGGAAGCUUUUUUUUAGCUGCAGUAACAGUAUACACGCGGCUAGAGGAUGAUGUUUUGCUACUUCUCCUGUAGGUUCUUUUCCCAGCAUGUCUGACAGGGUCUGCUGGCUGAGUUUUGAGGUCCCAAAAAGGGGCUUUUUACCUUGCGCAGGUGUGACAUUUGUAUAUCCUAUGUUACUAAGAACACUACCCAUUGUGGAAUGUGGUGUUGUGUCCAAAUUUGAUACGAAAUAUAUAUAGAAUUGUUAAUACACUUUUAUGAAAUGGUAAAACGGCAUGCAAAAAAAUUAAAAACUGUGUGUAACCUUUUUUAAUAUUUCAAUGGAAUAUACCUCAUUUUAGUCAUUAAUAGGCAAAAGUUCAUCCAUUCGUGCUACAGGAAAUAAUUUUUGAGGGGAAAAAAUGAAAAAGUCAUCACCCUAGUAUACCUUGGAAACCUGUGGGCAAAAUCUGGCCGUUUGCUGAUAAAUGAUCCUACCAACCAGUGUUCCCUCUCACCUGUGGCCUCAUGCAGUACAGGAUGAGCAGCAAAAACUGAGGGGAAUGUGUUUGUGAACUUGCCUAUCACUUCUGGGCUAUUAAAAAGCAGUGAGGGGUGAGCCCAUGCAUUCCCCCCCCCCCCCACACACACACUAUUC